AUGGAGAAGUUAUCCAGGCUUUGUCAAGCCAUGGCUUACAGACAACUACUUUGACAACCAAAACUGAUGGCAAUGAUGGCAAGUCUGAACACCUAGAGUAUGUUGCCUUUGCUUUGGUUCCUGUUUUCUUCAUCAUGGGUCUCUUGGGGAUCCUUAUCUGUCACAUCCUUAAGAAAAAAGGAUAUCGUUGUACAACAGAGGCUGAAGAACUAGAAGAAGAAAAACUUGAUGAAAAAAUAGAAAUGAAUGAAACUAUACUUGACAAUAGUGACACUGUGGGGCAAAUCGUUAACUACAUCAUGAAAAAUGAAGCAAAUGCUGAUGUGUUAAAGGCCAUGGUAGCAGAUAGCAGUGUCUUUGAACCUGAAAG